AUGAUGAACCUCGUACAUCUUGCUCUCGCAUGGCUACUCUAUCUAGGUGUCGAGUCCGCUCCUCUGGAGUCCAACAUAUCCAACUCGAGUACCCGUGUCUCGUACCCUCGGAUCUUCGUUGCUACAGAUAUCUCCAAUGAGCCUGAUGACCAAAUGUCGUUGGUCAGAUUGCUCUUGCAUUCGGAUAUCUUAUCCAUCCAAGGAAUUUCAACAACCACUUCGUAUUGGCUGAAUGACACGACAUACCCCGAACACAUCCUGGAUGUUAUCAAUGCCUACGAAAAUGUCACUUCCAACCUCAACGCCCACACCGAUGGCAUGUUUCCAAGUGCCGACAGUCUGCGCUCUGUGGUAAAGGCAGGCCACUCUGCGUAUGGUCUUGCAGCGCUCAAGAACGGCUCUCUUUCUUCCGGUGCCGAGCUGCUCAUCUCGGCCGCCGCCAACUCGAACGAGACUUUGCACAUUCUGCUCUGGGGAGGUGCUAAUGUCCUUGCCGAGGCAUUGGAUCAUGUCAAUCGUACCAGCACACAGGCAGACCUUGACACUUUCGUCAGUAAGCUCCAUGUGUAUUCAAUCUCCGAUCAAGACAACGCUGGGCCAUGGAUUCGCAAAAAUUAUCCACAGAUCCCAUACAUUGCAUCGGUCCACGGAUUCAACAUGUACAACAAUGCUGCUUGGACUGGUAUAAGUGGCGACGUGUUGUAUUCCUUUGACGCAGGUGGCCCAGACUCGACGCUCGUUGACGACGCGUAUAUCCGCAACCAUUUCCAGCUCGGUCCUCUAGGUGCAAAGUACCCAGAUAGAGCAUUCAUCAUGGAAGGUGACAGUCCCUCAUUAUUGUCAGUCAUCCCGAAUGGCCUCAAUGUUCCCUCUCAUCCCGAGUUCGGUGGUUGGGGCGGCAGAUACAUCUUGUCUGACAUUUCUGGUGCCUCGAACCAUUACGCGGAUACCAUCGACCGCGUGGUAGGCGUAAGUGGAAAUACCUUGGUGUCGAACCAUGCCACGGUUUGGAGAUGGCGCAGCGCAUACCAGAAUGAGAUGAGCGCUCGAGUGCAGUGGUCACUUUCGUCGAACUACAGCGCAGCAGUGCACCCUCCCAAGAUCAGCUUGAACGAAACAACUGGCACCGAGCCAUACUCGUUAGCAGUUCAGCCACAACAAAGUGUUGUCCUGGAUGCCUCGGCUACCGUCGAUCCAGACAGCAACUCGAGCUCUACAUUGACAUUUGAGUGGAUGCACUACAAGGACAUCACGGCAACUAACCAAUACAACGCUAACGCACAAAUCCCUCAACUCAACUUUACCUGCUUGAACCAAGCGUGCUCGACCAUCCAGACCAAGAUGCCCAGUGAGGAGCUUGCUUGCCCGCAAAGUGGCUGUCAGAUGUACCAUGUCAUCCUGUCUGUCAGAGCCCAGAGCGCAACACCUAUCACAAGGUAUAGGAGAAUCAUAUUCGAGAUACAGGAAGACUCCGAGUAG